ACGAGGCAAGUGCGUAUACGUCUGUGGAGAGUGAUACAAGUUUCUUGUUGCGUGCUUGUGCGACCACGCUCGAUUGAUGCAGGAAGCGAUCGGACCAAUCCCGGCAUACGUAAGAGAGUCUAACUUUGUACGUACUUGACCCUCAGGUACCAGGUGCCUUCGCCCAGGGUAUUGAAGCUUGAAGCAGUUCUUUGGUCGUAUCUCUCCUUUGCUCAAAGCUCUUGGGACCUCACGAUCUUCUGUCUCUUCAUUCUUCUCCACUCUUCAUAUUCCUCCCUCAGCUCCUUCACUUCUUCCUGUUGAAAAAAAGAAAGAUUGCGCUCAUUCCACCAUGUCGGACCUGAUCACCAUCAACAUCAAGGCAUCCAGCGAUCGGAAAUAUGUAAUCUCUGUCGCUACCUCAGAAACAGUACUCAGCCUCAAGGCUAAAGUGGGACAGAACUGCGAGACGCCUGCGGAGCGUAUGAGGCUGAUUUAUUCUGGUAGAGUCCUCAAGGACGGAGAUACGCUUGCGACAUACAACAUUGCUGAGGGACACACCGUGCACAUGGUGCGGAGUGCAGCACCGCCCAGUAGUACUGCUACUGCCACCUCGACUACAGUACCAGCCGCCGCCACAGUACCAACGAUAGCACCACACCCUGCAUCUCAGACCUCGGCGACUCGAGAUUCACCCAGCACAGGAGCAUUACCAAAUCCAUGGACUAAUCUUCCGAGCGGUAGUAGUGCGAGCGGACCUGAAGGACUAGGUGGAUUUGGCGGUAUGGCAGGCAUGCCAGGAAUGGGGGGCAUGGAUCCCGCGAUUAUGUCUCAAAUGAUGCAGGACCCAAACUUUGCGCAGUACAUGUCCGCCAUGCUCCAGAAUCCGCAGGUCUUAGAGUCAAUGAUGUCAAUGAACCCAGCAUUACAGGCAAUGGGCCCUCAGGCUCGACAGAUGUUGCACUCGCCACAAUUUAUGCAAAUGAUCUCAAAUCCCGAAAUGUUGCGCCGGCUUGCAAUGAGUGGCACUAUGGGCAGUCCAGGAGCAGGCACAUAUAGCCCAUGGGGUAGUGCAGUAUCCACGCCGGCAUCACCUGCAUCAAAUCCUGCGACGGCUGGAGUUGAAGGCGCUGGGGGAGCAGCGUGGAUGCCCGCUUUCAACCCCUUUGUUGGACUCGGUGGAACAGGAGCGACUGCGAACCCAACGGCCAGCUUCUGGGCACAGCAGAUGGGAGCCAUGGGAGCCAGGACUGGGACGACUCCUCACCAGACACAGCAACCUCCCGAAGAGCGAUUCCAGAUCCAGUUGAAGCAGUUGAAUGAAAUGGGGUUCUACGAUGCAGCCAAGAACAUCCGGGCAUUGCUGGCCACUGGUGGGAAUGUGAACGGUGCUGUUGAGAUUCUGUUUCGUGGAGGUGCUUGAAGUAGCAUCGUAGACAAGAAUAAAGUAAUGUAAAAAGUAAUGCAAAAAGACUGAUCUGUGGG